AUGGCCGAAGCCGCCAAGGACGACAAGGCCCCGACCUCUCCGUCGGCCGUGGUCAAGGAUGCUGCUGCCCCUGUAAAGGAGACCGGCGACGACGUGAAGGCAGACGGUGCCAAGGUAGAGGCUGCGGCCGACGCCACGGAGACGCGUGCCGACGAUGGCGAGAAGGAGGCUGAGAAGGAGACAGACGCCGCGCCUGCCGGAGCAGAGGGCGGCGACGCGGCCGCCACGCCGUCCAAGACGGCAAAGACACCCACGACAUUGGCGCGUCGCAAGUCGGUCGGCCAGAAGCUGAACCGCAAGGGUUCCAAGGCGCGGAUAGUCCACCUGGACGCGAAGCCGGGCGACCACUACUUUGUCAAGCUCAAGGGCUACCCGGCGUGGCCCGCUGUCGUCUGCGACGAGGACAUGCUGCCGCAGACGCUGAUCAAGGGCCGCCCCGUCACGGCCGCGCGCCCUGACGGCACCUACCGCGAAGACUAUGCAGACGGCGGCAAGCGCGCUGCGGACCGCACGUUCCCGGUCAUGUACCUCUACACAAAUGAAUUUGGCUGGGUGCCCAACACGGAUAUGAUCGAUCUCGACCCUGAGAAGGCCUUGGCCGCCAUCAACGACAAGAUGCGCAAGGACCUGCAAAAGGCCCACCAACUCGCCGCCGAACACCAUCCCCUGAGCUACUACAAGGACCUGCUGCGCCAGUUCCAGGAGGAGCUCGAGGAAGCCGAGGAGGCCAAGCGCCAGGCCGCCGAGGCCAAGCGCCUGGCGGCGUCUACGCCCAAGAAGUCGAAGAAGGCCCCCAAGGAGGACGUCGACAUGCUCGACGUGCCUGAGGACGACGACGAGCAGCCCACGACCGCAUCGAAGAAGAGCAAGAAGCGCAAGGCCGAGGAGGACACCCAGACGCCGCAGCGGUCGGACUCGGUGAAGAAGCCCAAGAUCAAGAUUACGUCGUCGGGGACGCCCAAGAGCAACGGCACGCCCUCGUCGUCCGCCAAGGCCAAGCAGACGUCCAAGGCGUCAGCCGUCAGCAAGUCGACCAGCAAGGAGGCGGCGGCGCUCGCCGAAGACCUCGACCCGGAGGAGAAGCGCAAACGCAAGGCAAAGGAGGUUCUGUUCCUGCGACACAAAAUCCAAAAGGGCCUCCUGACGCGCGACCAGGCGCCCAAGGAGGACGAGAUGAAGACCGUGUCCGACUACCUGACAAAACUCGAGGGCUUCCCCGACCUCGAGGUGGGCGUCAUCCGCGAGACCAAGAUCAACAAGGUGCUCAAGGCCAUCCUCAAGAUCGCCACCAUCCCGCGCGAGGACGAGUUCAAGUUCAAGCCACGGUCGCAGACUCUGCUCGAGAAGUGGAACAAGCUGCUUGCGGCCGAGCCCGCGGCCGACGCUGCUCCUGCGCCCGCUGCGGCCAACGGUACCGCAACGACCAACGGCAACGGCGAGGCCAAGUCCAAUGGUGUCGACAAGGACGUCGAGAAGAAGGAGAAGAGCGACAAGGCCGGCUCAGAACCCGCCGCCGAGAGCGACAAGCCCAAGGAAGAGCCCGCGGCCGUUGAGGCGACAGCAUAG